UCUAUGGUUACUGCCUCCAACAAACGCACCUGUUGCUGUUAGCCAAACUUUAGCAUCUUUAGCAACUUUAGCUAAGUUUAUUUCACCUUUUCUAAAAAUGUUGCCGCACAGUGAGAGUGUGGAGGAGCAGGCGGAGGUGGAGAAAUACCUCACUGUGUUCGAGGGCUCUUCCCCGGAGGAUGUGUCGCACGCCCGGCAGCUCUGGAGCUCUCUGUCGCUUCUCCCCCCGCAGGAGUCCCGCCUGGUCUCGGCCGAUAUCCGCCAGAGACUCCCCGUGUCCCGGCCCCAGCAGAGGAGGAGCACCGCCAUCGCCGGGCCGAGUGUGUCCGUCCCGGAGCCCGCCAGCCUGGUCACUGCGCGGGAGAAGCAGCGGCGGGAGGAGCGGCGGAAGUACGAGGCCAUGGCGGAGAACCGGAGGCAGAUUCUGGAGCUGUUGAAGAAGCAGCGGGAGCAGAGGAUCCAGAAAGAACUGCUAUCAAGAGACUAUAAACCAAAACAAGAGUCUGAGGAGAUGGAUCAGAGCCAGAACAGAGACCAAUAUGAGAGCGAUUUAGAGCUGGUCCAACAACUGCACUGA